AUGAACGCUCCGAGGAUACUCAGCAGGGUGGCAUUCCGCCGCUCCUGCGCAGCGCUGCAAUGCGCUGCCCCCCGCCGCGCCUACGGCAGCCCGUCCUUCCAGUCCUAUCCCCUCUACUCGAACAACAACACACCGCCUCCUGCGAGAGGCGACGGAAUUCCCGAGACCUCGAUCGCUACGCCGGAUCCCCUCCCGAAGGUGAACGAGACGAGACCCCCCAAGAUCCCUUCGCAGAUGGCACCCCGGCAGCAGUCCUCGACAGCGCAAACGACGGCAAACACAUCCCUGGCGACCUCGGAGGCGUCGGCGACGUCGUCGGCGCAAACAGCCGGCGCCGUGGCCCCCGCGCCCAAGGUGUCGGAACAGGCGGCCCAGACCCCUAAGCCGACGGGCCGCCCGCAGCGCAAGCUCCGCGCGCGCAAGGCGGCGAUGAAGCUGUCACCGUCGGCCGUGGAGCAGCUGCGCGCGCUACUGGAUCAGCCGGAGCCGAAGCUGAUCAAGGUCGGCGUGCGCAACAGGGGCUGCUCGGGCCUGGCCUACCACCUCGAGUACGUCGACAAGCCCGGCAGCUUCGACGAGGAGGUGGUGCAGGACGGCGUCAAGGUGCUGAUCGACAGCAAGGCGCUGUUCAGCAUCAUCGGCAGCGAGAUGGACUGGGUCGAGGACAAGCUCAGCCAGCGGUUCGUGUUCAAGAACCCCAACAUCAAGGAGCAAUGUGGGUGUGGCGAGUCCUUCAUGGUUUGA